AUGGGGGACGACGACGAAGGUGUUGUUUAUAUCCCAAGGAAUCUCUCUCUCAACGAUAGGGAUAUUAUGGUGAUGAAUGUAGGCGGCACGAGAUUUGAAGUCAAUCGAAAAUCUUUGGCCAAAUAUCCCGGGACAAAACUCUUUGAGAUUGCCGGUGAUGCAAGGUCUAACGACUGCAAGGAAGUUUUCUUGGACCGGAACCCCGCAGUCUUUGACACAAUUCUGAAUUAUUACAGAACCGGGGAACUUCACAUCCCAAACUAUCUAUGCGGCCCUUUUGUGAGGGGUGAGCUGAAGUAUUAUAAUAUUGCUGAUCAUUUUAUUGAACCCUGCUGUUGGGUUGGAUAUUCUGCGCACAUAGACACUGAGGCAGCUCUGGCGAAAUUUGACGGGACGAAAGACGAAACGGAAAAGGUUCACCCGGAUACGUUGAGCGGUUGGAAACAACUUAAGAACAAGACAUGGGUUUUUAUGGAAGACCCGAAUUCAUCGCUUGCAGCCAAGGUCUUUGCCUCCUGGUCUUUCUUUCUGGUUAUCUUGUCCAUCAUAAUCUUCUGCCUCGAAACCCACCCUUUUUUCAUCGGACCAGUGGCACUCAACAACACAUUCAUUCGGGAGGUUUACAUUCUGAACGAAUACCCACCAAUGCGUGGACUGGUGGUCGUGGACAACAUUUGCAACGGCUGGUUCCUUAUAGAAUUCAUGGUGAAGUUUGCGGUGUCGCCGUCCAAAGGGAAAUUUCUCGUAACAGCUUUCAGCGUGAUUGAAAUAUUCUCACUUGUGCCAUAUUAUAUUGGAAUGGGCUUAGCCCUUAGUUUCCAGAACCAUAUAGAGAAUCUCGGAGUCGCCUUGGAAGUCUUGUUCUUCUUCAAAAUGAUACGAAUUCUUCGUAUCUUUACCCUGAUGCGUCACAUUCGCGCCUUGAAAAUUCUUGUGUAUACCCUGAUUGCAAGUACCAAAGAACUUCUCUUGUUGGUGCUGAUCCUCCUCAUCGGCGUCAUCGUUUUCGCCUGUCUCAUAUACCUCGCGGAACGGAGAGAAGUCAACACAUUCUUCCCACAUAUUCCGAUAUCUUUGUGGUGGGCAAUGGUUACCAUUACAACUCUAGGAUAUGGCGACUUGAGACCAACCACGUGGCAAGGAUAUAUCGUGGGUUCUAUGUGUGCUGCGACGGGUGUACUGAUCAUUGCGCUGACUGUGCCAAUUGUGGUGAAUAACUUCAGCGUUUACUACACUUUUGCCCAAAGGACGUCCCGUCUGAAGGAGCGACGCAUGGAGAAGGAGAAGCAGGAACGACGGAUGUCCAUUAUGAUGAAAGCGCUAAAGCAUAUGCAUACAACCGACGGAAACACACCAUCAAUCAGAAAUGGUGGUUCUGCAAACAUAUUCGCUCGGUUACGAAAAAAGAAGAGGGAAGUUGCAGAUGCCCACAUAAACUUAGGCAAUGGCACAAUACGUGCGGAAUCUGCUCUCUCUACGACCACAAUGAGUAGUCAUGGGGAUUCAAACAGACACACAAACAUACCCAUUGAUGACAAACCUCGUGUUCAAAAUGGUGUUGUCAAUCGGAGCUUCUCUAUGCAAAGUGAUAUCAAUAACCUUAACGUUAGUGUCGGCAGUGACAAAAAACCAAUUCUGCAAAAUAAAAUUUCUGAUCCACACUUAUUAAAUGUAGGACAGACACAAGAGGGAAGUACCCUCAGACUCCAGCCCUCUCCAACACCUUCUGAGAAAAAUUUCGACGUUAGUAUUUCCGACAAAUCGAGUGUUAGUUAUCAUUUACAAAAGCCAGCGAUAUCCGUAUCUCUGUCUCAGCCAGAGGUAACAAACAGUAAGGAAAGUCUUAAUGACAGUCGACAGAUUGCAAAUAGUGAGCACCACAGGUUACUCCCGGCGGUAGAGACACCAUCGAAAGACGAGUGUGAAGAAUCUAAAACGUAA